AUGCCCCAAGAGCCAUGGAGUCCAGAAGAAGAUGAGUUAUUGUAUCAAUUGGUGCAACGACUAGGAUCAUCGAGUUGGUCUGAAAUAGCUAGGCUACUUAAUUCAACAUUGAACGUGAGUAGACUGGCAAAGCAAUGCCGUGAACGUUGGAUAUCACAUGUUGAUCCACGAAUUAGAAGGGGUGAUUGGUCACUAUCAGAAGAUCACUUUAUAUUGUAUCAGCAGAACUUGUGGGGGAACCGUUGGGCAGAUAUCGCCAGACAUUUGCCUGGUAGGACGACGCAUGCAGUUAAAAAUCGCUAUCAUCAGUUACAAAGAUUAAUCAGCCAAGGCAAAACCAAAAUAGAAGACAUCUUUAAUGCUCCUCUUAUAAGUGUAGUGCCUCACUACCUUCAAAGUUCAAGUAAUUUGAAACAAGAGAAUAGAAAGAAUACGUCUACUUUAAUUACAAGGUCAAAACGUGUAAACAAAAAAAGAAAGAAUAUAUAUAGUGAAGAUCAUUGGAACAGUGCUAGUAUUAACCAAGAAUAUUUAAGUGACUAUAUUUACUCUAGUCCAAUACAACCAAAUUUGUUACAAAAUGAGCUGAGAGAAUUACAGCUCAGCUUCACAAACAAUUCUGGAGAGAGAAAUGAUAUCUUUUCAAUAAAGCAAAAUUCACAGUUUUUAACGGCUAAAUUAGAAACAGAUGAACCUGAUAAGAGUUGUGAAAAAGAUAAAAUUAACAAAUCUAACGACUCUUUAGAUAUAUGUUCCACAAAUCUCUCACCAAAUCAGAAGAAUCGUUCCUGUUUAUUGCUUCAAGAAAUGUCGGCAACUGAGUUACUAGUUAAUAGCAUUGGAGUAUAUCCAGUUACUCCACCUUUGACAGCUAUUAUAGAAGAACAAGGAAAAACUCUUAGUGUUAUUGAGUCCUCAACCUGCGACUCCAAUAGUGGUCAUGACUUUACUUCUAAAGUGGAAUAUCAGUCUCCAGCUCCAUCAGUCAAUAAUAUCACACCGCAAUUAACACAAGUAAUAAGCUCUCUGCUUGAUGAUAAUCAGUUAUAUCCUGAUAUGAGCUUCUGUGAAGCAAAUUGGUAUCCAUGGAGUGACUAUUCAAGUGUUUGGGACUCAAAUGCAGCUCAACGACUUUUAGAUACUGGGGGGGGAAUUGAUCAAUACUUUCACUGUUUUAGUGAUACUCAAUAG